AUUCCUCCAUUUCCAGAUCCGGUCCUCGGCCUCAUGAGUACCUGAAUGUCUCUGAGCUGCCCAAGGUGUGGGACUGGAGGAACGUCAACGGAACCAACUUCGUCAGCACGACUCGCAACCAGCACAUCCCCCAGUACUGCGGCUCCUGCUGGGCCCAUGGCAGCACCAGCGCCAUGGCAGAUCGCAUCAAUAUCAAGAGAAAAGGAGCCUGGCCUUCUGCGUACCUCUCUGUGCAGCAUGUGAUCGACUGUGCUGAUGCUGGCACUUGCCAUGGAGGGGAUCACAGCGGAGUCUGGGAGUAUGCUAACACCCACGGCAUCCCAGAUGAGACCUGCAACAACUACCAGGCUAAAGACCAGGAAUGCAACAAAUUCAACCAGUGUGGCACCUGCACCACGUUUGGAAAGUGCAACAUUGUCCAGAACUACACUAUGUGGAAGGUGGGCGACUACGGCUCUGUCAGCGGGAGAGAGAAGAUGAUGGCUGAGAUUUAUGCCAGAGGACCAAUCAGCUGUGGGAUUAUGGCCACAGACAAGCUGGAUGCGUACACCGGAGGUCUGUACUCUGAAUACCAGGAGGAGGCUUUCAUCAACCACAUCGUGUCGGUGGCAGGAUGGGGAGUAGAGGAUGGGGUCGAAUACUGGGUCGUUCGCAACUCCUGGGGGGAACCAUGGGGUGAGAAGGGCUGGCUCAGGAUUGUGACCAGCGCUUACAAAGGAGGAAGCGGCAGCAAGUACAACCUGGCGCUGGAGGAGGACUGCAUGUUUGGAGACCCCAUCGUCCCCAAGGAGUACCAUUAGAAGAGCUCAUAGGUCCAUGCUGGAACGUCUUCUUCCUGAAGGGAAACCUUGAUUAUUAUAAUUUUUUAUAUAUAUAUAAAAACAAAAAGGGAUUUUUCCACUUUAAAAUCGAUGCCACGUACUGCGGAGAAAUCUGCAGAGUAAAAUUCUUCAACCUGGUUUUUUGUUGUCUUUAAAUUGGUGGAGGGUUUGAAUCAGUAAAAAUGCUGUGAACAUUUUUUACAAUUAAGACUACACCUUUGGGUUUUAGUGUUGGGUUUUUUUUUUUUUUUUUUUUGUGACCAAACCAAAGCAAACACGCACUGAAUGUUUCAUUUACUGGUUAUUGCACUACAGUCUUAAGUGGAAAUCAAACUAUAAUGUGCCUUAUUAACACUGAUUGUUAAACUUGGACUAAUGCUGCUUCAUGUUGAACAAUCUAUACCACAAAGAUUGAAUCAUCUGCUUUGUUUCAAACUGCUAAUAAACAGAUUCACAUCU